AUGCCUCUGUACUAUGCACUAGACUACGAUUGGGCUCUCCUCUGGCUAUCCUCCUUCUCCAUUACUCUAUAUGGACAAGAGCUUGGCCUCGCUCCGCCUGGCAAUGCCACGCGGAAGCUCGGAUCCCUGAUCCUUUACGGUAACCUCGCUGCCACAGAGUCCUCGGCCCGGAAGCGCAAGCGACAACGUACAGGGAUCAACGAGCCUAUUUACCAUUGGAAGAUGGGGGGAAACGAGGCUGCCUUCUAA